AUGAGACCCGAGCCGGCUGCCGGAGCCUGGGAGGGGCCGGGGCGCGUCUGUCACUGUCCUGGGAACGUUUCCCGGAGGCCGUCGUCGCCACACGGGCCCGAGAGUUCUAGCCCAACACCAUGGAGACCCUGGACGCUGACUCCAGCAGAUGCAGAACUGACCAGAACUGGAAGCCUGUGUGAGCCUGGGGAGAAACAACAGACUUGGAGAUCGAAGGGGGCCUUUGGGUUUCAGCAUCCUGUCAGACUUUAUUUACCCAUUUCAAAGCGUCAAGAAUACCUGCAGAGUUCCGGAGAGAAGGUGCUGGCCAGUUUCCCCGUGCAAGCCACCCUUCAUUUCUACAACGAUGAGUCUGAGCUGGAUUCAGAUGAGGAAGAGCAAGGGGAGGAAACGCAGACCUACCAUCUUCCGUGCCAGGAGUCAGAAGGUCACCAGGAAAAUGGCCCAGGGGGACAGGGCAGAGGCGGGCUGGUGAACCCAUCUAGAGAAGGGGAUGGCCUAAGGGGCGGCCUCCAUGGUAAGGGUCAGCUCCCUCGUGGUGACCCUCCUGGGGGCAGUGAGUGCGUCUCAUCCAAAUGA